GAUAAUACACUGACUGUUAGUGUUUGAAAUGAUUUUGAAGAUAAUGAGGAAACAAGUGAUUAAGUGAUGAUUUCAAACAUCAUUGAAGACUAUUUAACAUCAAUUGAGACCAAUUGAUGACCCAAUUGUGUCGGCAAACAUGUCAAUUGGUUAAGCAAUUAAUUAACAAAUUAUGGCAAUUACACAGAAUGAGACAAGAAUUGGUUUAUUGAGUGUCAAUGAAUCCAACCAUAAGAUGCGGAUCAUUGUCAAUGGCAAACAACUUAUUAUACAAGAGUGCUAUCAUAACAUUGAUGACCACAAUAAGGCGUUAAGUCGUGAGUCCAUCGACGACAGGUCCACACAAUCAUCAGAUGAGUCUAAUAAGAUGACCAGUCGUUUAGUGAUCUUACACCGACACGAGUCGUUAGGUUUGGGUCUAUCAAUAAAAGGUGGUUCAGAGCACUCGUUGCCAAUACUGAUCUCACGUAUUAUCAGCCAAAGUCCCGCUGAUAUCAGUAAACAGUUGUUUAUUGGCGAUGAAAUACUAGCCGUUAAUGGCAUUGAAUUUGAUGGGACGACAACACAUGACGAAGCAUUAAAACAUUUGCGACAAUCGGGUGAUGAUAUAACACUAAAAGUUAGACAUCACAGAGUGGCCAAUAUUUAUCGAAGAAAUUGGCGUAAAGAUGACAAUCAUAUUAUCGAUUUGCCAAAUGAUAAUCCUCUGAUCAGGAAGACAUCGACACUUGACUUAAAUAAAACAAAAGAGUUGUGUAAAUGUGAUGUCAAGUCAACCAAUUGGAAGGAAUGUCUACGAAUGGAACUCUUCUUAUCGAGUCUUUCACAAUACGUCUCGUUUAGCGACAAAUUGCGUGAUUCGGGAUUUGAAGUAAAGGCCAUCAAUGGACAGACAGCUGUCGUUCAGUGCGAUAAUCAAGAUAUGUGUCAACAAUGGUGUCAAACAAUUACUAAUGACAUUAACAAUCUUACAUAUAAUCACAUGAAACUCAUAAAUAAAUCGUUGCCAAAGUCAGAACAGAUACUAUUUAUGGGUUGGAUUGCAGAAUGUCAAACAAGUGGAUACCAACCGAAACAAAUCUAUAAGUGGUCUCAACAAUAUCUCGUUGUGAAAGGAGGUUUGGUUCAUGUAUUGAAGAGUCCGCCCGAUUCACUAAUUGAAAACAAUAAUAGCAAACUGACCACUGAUCUGAUUAGUAAAUCAUUAUAUUACUAUAAUUGCUAUCAAUCGGUAUUUCGGUGCAUCAAAUCAAAUGAACAAUUGGAUGAUAGAAGAAACACUUUUGUUAUUCAAAGUGCCGAUCAGUCAUCGGUUAAAUAUUUUGCCGCAGAAACUAAUGAUGAUUUGGUUCAUUUUAAGAACGCAUACCAUAGAGCUAACUAUCAUUCCGUUACACAAUUAGGGAGCAAAACAUUUUCGGUUGUUUGCGACAAAAAGUCGACUUCGCUAACACUUGACUGGUGGAUGGGGUUUGCUCUGUUUGACCCCCAUAUGAAAGAGUACAAAUGGAUAUAUAAGUUUCAUCAAUUGAAACACUCAUCAGAUGACGGAAAUCAUAAAUUGUCGCUCACUUUUGUCACAAAUCCCAGCGAUAGUCGUGUCACUGAAACUCAACUCAUUGAAUGCAAUCAAUUACAGAAUCUCUUGUAUUGUAUGCACGCUUUUCUCAGCGCUAAAGUGGCAUCAGUUGAUCCAAGAUUUUUGCAAUCAUCUUAAAAAAGAGAGUAUUGUUUAGUAUUAUUGUAGGAUAUG